AUGGCCUCCGGUGAGAAUGGUUUUGCAUAUUAUUGCUACCUUUGCAUCGCUUGGAUUGCCAUUACCCUUGUGGUGCAACUCUUCAUCAAAACAUGCACCAGCUUUUGUGCCAAGACUCGCCACCCACCAAGCCCUCCAGCCCUACCCAUCAUUGGCCACCUUCACCUGUUAAGCUCAAAGUUACCGAAUUCCCUCAAAACACUUGCUAGCAGAUAUGGCCCCCUCAUGCAAAUACGUUUUGGAUCAAUACCUAUUUAUGUUGUAUCCGAUGCCAAAACAGCCAGGGAGAUGUUGAAAAUCAAUGAUGUUGAUUUUGCAUCAAAAUAUACACUCGGUUUUGGUCUCUCAAAAUUUGACAUUUACGAUGGAUAUACUUUCUUCAAUGCCCAAUAUGGUCCAUAUUGGCGGUUCAUGAAGAAGCUAUGCAUGACCAAACUAUUCGCUGGCUCCCAGCUUGAUCGAUUCAUUCAUAUCCGAGAGCAAGAGACGUUGAAGCUUUUAAAAUCACUGGUGGAAAAAUCAAGAGAAGGGAAGCCAUGCGAUUUAGGUGAAGAGCUAUCAGCCUUCUCGAGUAAUAUAAUUUGUAGGAUGGCGAUAGGAAACAGAUGCAUGGAUAACCCUAAUUUACCCUUAGAAAUAAGGACUUUGGUAGGGGACAUAAUGAAAAAUGCAGCAAAGUUUAGUUUCACUGAUGUUUUUGGUCCAUUGAACAGAUUUGACCUUUCAGGAAAAGGGAAAAGGCUUGUAUCAGCGACUAGGAAGUAUGACAAGCUGCUGGAGCAACUGAUGAAGGAAUAUGAAGACAAUUUUGAUAAGUUGAUCAACAGUACUUGUGACAAAAAAGAGAAAGACGUGAUGGACAUUUUAAUGGAGACAUAUAAAGACACGAACGCUGAAUUGAAGUUAACAAGGAUGCAUAUAAAGAAGUUCUUCCUAGAAAUUUUUUUCGCGGGUGUGGAAUCGAUCGCAACAUCCUUGCAAUCUACCAUUGUAGAGUUAAUAAACAACCCCACUGUGUUUAUGAAGCUUAGGGAGGAAAUUCAUUCUGUUGUUGGGUCUAAUUAUAGGCUAGUCAAAGAAUCAGACGUCCCAAGCCUUCCUUUCUUACAAGCAGUUGUGAAGGAAACCCUAAGGUUAAGAGGAACCUUGCGAGCAAGGCAGUGCAACGUAGAUACCAAGAUCAAUGGCUAUGACAUUAAAGCUGGCACUAGAAUCCUCAUCAACGCCUAUGCUAUAAUGCGAGACCCGAGUACGUGGGAGAAGCCAGAUGAAUUCUUGCCGGAGAGGUUCUUGGCCAAUAAUUCGAUUGACACCAAUAAUAUUGAUCAUCGUUCAACAUGGAGCUUCAAGGGGGAUAGAGAUUUUCAUUUCCAGCCAUUUGGUAGUGGAAGGAGAGCAUGCAUUGGUGCAUCCCAUGGUUUGAUUGUCACGCACGCGACGAUAGGUGCCCUCGUACAAUGCUUUGAUUGGGAAGUGAAAGAUGCUGACAAGAUUGUGAACAGAGUGGCGACAGGAUACUCAGGAUCAAGGGCAUUGCCUCUUGCGUGCUAUCCCAUCACCCGUUUCGAUCCCACUAAGGCUUAA